UUGAAUGAAAAGUUAUUACAUUUUAAAUGCCAUGAAAGUAAUAUGGUUCACUCCGAAGCGAAACUUAAUUCGAUUUACUUUUGAGCGGAACGUACUAUUAGAAGUGCUUGCUUACAGGGGAGUUGUAAUAUGACGCACACGUUACAGCUCAAGGAGACCCAUUGCAUGAGGUUUGCAAUGGCAUCCAGUAUAAACAUAAAGAAUGGACUUUUAACCACCAAAAAUUCUCUCCACAUAAAGAUUCCCUAUCCCACAUUUAAACAGAGGCCAACAGAGAUCAAAUGCUCAAGAGCAUUAACAACGGGACAGCACAAUGAACAGUUCUGUAUUGAUAUUGUAAGGAAGAGGGACUAUGAGGGAUUUUUGUGUGCAUUGCUUUUUCCUGAGGCUGUUCGUCGAUCUGCACUGGCACUGAGGGCGUUCAAUGUAGAACUGGCACAGAUUAAGGACUCUGUUUCUCAGAAAACCAUUGGUUUAAUGCGAAUGCAGUUCUGGAAGAGCGCUGUAGAGAAUAUUUACAGAGAUAACCAUCCAGCCCAGCCCAUCAGUGCAGAACUGUGGAGGGCAGUAAGGAAGCACACAUUAACAAGGAGGUGGAUGUUAAGAAUUAUAUCUGAAAGAGAGAAAGAUCUGGAGGACAAAGCGUACAGGAACCUUCAGGAGCUGGAGGACUAUGGCGAAAACACACAAUCCUCUCUUCUUUACCUGCUUCUGGAGACACUUGGUGUGAAAAAUGUCCAUGCAGACCAUGCCGCAAGCCACAUUGGCAAAGCCCGCAGACGCAAGGUCUACCUGCCCAUGGACAUCUGCAUGCUGCAUGGAGCAUCUCAAGAGGACUUCAUCCGUGGCAGCAGGGACCAAAACGUCAGGGAUGUCAUUUAUGACAUUGCCAGCCAAGCCCAUGUCCAUCUCCAGCACGCUAGAUCAUUCAGCGAGAACGUUCCACAUGCGGCCAUGCCUGCCUUCCUGCAAACGGUUGUUUUGGAGGACUACCUUCAGAGAGUGAGAAAAGCAGACUUUGAUGUGUUUCACCCCAGCCUACAAAAGAGGAAUCCAGUGCUGCCCCUUCAGCUCUAUUUACGAUCAUGGAGGAAGAUCUAUUCAUUUGUUUGAUUAAAUCAUCGUCUGAUUGUUGACAGAUGAGUCAAACAAACAAAGCAGUUGUAAUAAAUUAUCUAGCUUCUAUAUGUU